GUCCCUGUGUUGGUGGUGCUAAAUAUGUGUAUGCGACCAAUAACAUUCGAUUUGACUUGAUGUAUUAUUGGAUAUUGGAGACAUUCUGCGUUGGUAUCCUUCCUCAACAUAGUGUUGGAAUAUAUCCAUUAUAGCCUGAGCCUGUGCUAGCUGAGAGCUUGACCAGUAUCUUUCUUCGGAUGUCAAGGGAGCACUGCAUACAAACCUGGAAAGACUGCACAGCUGGGGUCCACAGAGAGAAUGAAUUAAGACCGAAUGAAAAAACUCGUGAGUAUUUUGUCUGCACAUAUAGCCUAAGCCUUCUGGUCAUUUGAAGGUGACGCUUACCCCUCUACACCGAUUAUAGCCCACUCUUGGAUUUCAUUGUGUGAUUUGCAGGGGUGCGAAAAAUAUCCUUAUCUUCAAACAAGGCACUGAAAUGUAGCCUAUAAAAAAAGCACUGCACCUGCAGGUACCAUAUUUCUCUUUUACCCGGGAAAGGUUUAUUGGAAAGGCUUGACCUGGUCUGGACGCGUUCACUGGAAGAUAACGGGGAUGCCACGGUUACGCGCAGAAGCCGCUCGAGGAAGAGACAGGUGCGGCAGAGGGGAUUGGUAGUUUAAUAGCCGAUUCUCAUCCAGGCAUUGUGAUUACCAAGACCCAGAGAGAGCUUGGUGCCCUGCUCCACCCUUUGUGUUGAUUUCAGACGUGGAGGAAAAGCUGUCUGCGUACGAGAGGACGACUGGCAACAAACCAGACAUCGCCUGCUUACCUGUCCAUCUCGCACAGUGAAUGUGCCCGUGCUGUGCUGCCAUGACAACCAUGGCCCCUCCCCUCACGUUUCUCCUCCUUCUCCUCCGAUUGGCUCACAGUUCUUUCCCAGAGGAGCCCGGUCCGCUCAGCUACGCUCCUUUAGAGGUGGUGAGGAGGUACCCUGUGUUUGUGGGUAGAGCUCAUCAUUCCUCUCAGAGACAGGAGCUGCACAUUCAGACAGUGCUCCAGGUCAACCGCACUCUCUACAUAGGAGCCAGAGAUGAUCUAUACAGAGUGGAGCUGGACAAUAUGUCAGGGGAUGAAAUGUUCUACAGCAAGAAGCGGACGUGGGAAUCCAAUAAGAAUGACAUUCGAGUCUGCAGAAUGAAGGGCAAACAUGAGGAGGAGUGUCGUAACUUCAUCAAGGUGGUGUUGAGUCAACAUGAAGGACUGUUUGUGUGUGGAACCAAUGCCUUCAACCCUUUGUGUGCCAACUACACUAGAGACUCUUUGGAGAUGGUGGGAGAGACGGUCAGUGGGAUGGCUCGUUGCCCGUAUGACCCCAGACACGCCAACGUGGCUCUGUUCGCAGAGGGCAGUCUCUUCACUGGUACUGUAACAGACUUCCUGGCGAUUGAUGCUGUGAUCUAUCGUAGCCUAGGCGACAGCCCCGCUCUUCGCACUGUCAAACACGACUCCAAAUGGUUCAGAGAACCCUUCUUUGUGAGUGCAGUUGAGUGGGGGCCUCACGUCUACUUCUUCUUCAGAGAAAUGGCCAUGGAGUUCCAUCACCUAGAGAAGGUGAUGGUAUCUCGUGUGGCGCGGGUGUGUAAGGGGGACAUGGGGGGCUCUCAGAGGGUGUUGGAGAAACAGUGGACAUCGUUCCUGAAGGCCAGACUGAACUGUUCUGUCCCAGGAGACUCCCACUUCUAUUUCAACCUGCUCCACGCCACCAGCGCCAUACUCAACAUGAACGGCAGAGACGUCAUACUGGGACUGUUCUCGACACCACCCAACAGUAUCCCGGGGUCUGCAGUGUGUGUGUUUGACAUGCAGCAGUUGGCCAGGGUGUUUGAGGGAAGAUUCAAGGAGCAGAAAUCUCCAGAAUCCAUCUGGACACCCGUGCCUGAUGAGCUUGUGCCCAAACCCAGGCCGGGUGGCUGUGCGGUGCAGGGGUCUCCGUUCAGCUCAUCUAAGUCUCUGCCGGAUGAAGUGCUGAACUUUGUAAAGACUCAUCCCUUGAUGGACGAGACCAUACCCUUGGUUGGGCACAGACCUUGGGUUGUCAAGACUAUGGGCAGGUACCAGUUGACCGCAAUGGUGGUGGACACAGAGGCUGGUCCCCAUAGGAACCAUACAGUGUUGUUCCUGGGCUCCACACGAGGGACCGUCCUGAAAUUCCUCAUCCUCCCCAGCGGAGAAAAAUCUCCCACACACAGCAGUGUGUUUCUGGAGGAGGUGGAGGGAUUCAACCCUGAGAAAUGUGGAGAGGACUCUGUCCAGGCCAGACAGUUGUUGUUUCUGUCUCUGGAUCGUCCAAGUCACACUCUGCUGCUGGCCUUCACUUCCUGUCUGGUCAGACUGCCCACAGCACGCUGCCACCUACACUCACGCUGCAUGAAGAGCUGUCUGACUUCCAGAGAUCCCUACUGUGGCUGGACCAGAGGCAGCACCUGCUCCUUCCUCAGACCAGGCACACGGCUUCCUUUUCAACAAGACAGUAUUGAGUACGGCAACUUCUCCCAUCUUGGAGACUGUGAUGGUGCCAUACAGCAGAGUCUGCUGAUCGAGCCAGAGAGCCUGGUCUCCCUCAACCUGCUGGUGGCAUCUGCAGUCUCAGCCUUCACCAUUGGUGCGGCGCUCUCGGGCCUGGCUGUCUGCUGGAUUAUGGCCCACAAGCCUGGCAACCGUCGCCACGGCAACAAUACCCCCCAGUCCACUAUCCAGCGCCAGGAGAGGGGGAUGUUGACGUCAGGAGGAGGGAUGGGGGGAUCGGUCCUCAGUGUGACCCGUCAGGGAGGAGGCGAUAGACCCUGCUCUCAGGGCGGGGAGACCCUGUUUGUGAUGCCCAAUGGCUGGGGGAAGUCAGGGGAGCUGGACCCAGGGUUCCUGCCUACUCCGGAGCACACGCCCCAGCAGAAAAGACGCGGGCUUAGGCUGUCUGAUUCUGGAUCAGGGGGGUGGGAUAACAGCCAGACCUACCUGGGAGGGAGUACCAUGGGGCUGGCGUCUCCCUGCCCUCUCCCUUGCCCCCCACACCCCUCCACCGCUGUCUACCUGACCACUAGACUAUUUCAGGGGGGAGGAGGAGGGAGGCACGGGGGUGAGGAGCGAGGAAGAGGAGGGGAGACUCCUCGCCAGCACUACGUGUGCCUGAGCAAGCCCCGGGGGGAGAAGGGCAGAAGUGGGACACCAAAGUCGGCGCUUCGUAAGUCGGCAGGGGAGUACGUGUACCCCAUGACCCCCCAGGAUUCUCCGGAUAGGAGGAGGGUGGUGUCAGCCCCCAGCGCCCCUAUGGAGUUUGGGGAGCCCCUGCCACUCCGCUGGCCUCCCCAGGAAGGCUACAUCCUCAGCAGCCAGUGCAUGGUCCCUGUACCUCCAUCCUCCAUGCCCACCAUCAAAGGCCAGCAGUACGUCGCCCAGCACCACACACCCGGGCCUGGCAGGUCUCAGCUGAGAGGGGCCUUGGGGAGAGGAGAGCUGGGGGAGCUGGUGGAUCUCAGCCAGCUGCUGAGUAAGAAGAGUUCCAAUGAGAGGACUCACAACGGGCAGUGAUCAAGCAGGGAAACCAUGUCUCUUUCUAUAUCGUUCUCUUUCUGUCUGUUCUACCUUUUCUCUCACUUUCUCUUUCUCUCUGACCUCUUUCUCUGUCAUUGUCAUUUAGUCCUCCGGAUAGCUCUGUAUCUCGCUGGCGGACUCCUGAGGCUGUUCUCGCUGGCAGACUCCUGAGGCUGUUCUCGCUGGCGGACUCCUGAGGCUGUUCUCGCUGGCAGACUCCUGAGGCUGUUCUCGCUGGCAGACUCCUGAGGCUGUUCUCGCUGGCAGACUCCUGAGGCUGUUCUCGCUGGCGGACUCCUGAGGCUGUUCUCGCUGGCGGACUCCUGAGGCUGUUCUCGCUGGCGGACUCCUGAGGCUGUUCUCGCUGGCGGACUCCUGAGGCUGUUCUCGCUGGCAGACUCCUGAGGCUGUUCUCUCUGUGACUGGUUGAUGCUGCUAUCACUCAUACCCUGCUUGGCUGUGAUUGGUCAGUGAAAGUGAGGUUGUUGCUGUGUCUGCAUUGCAGAGCUGCCUCUCCCCUCUGGCUGCUUAGAGAGGGGAGAGAGGAGGAGAGAGAGAUAGAGGGAUUGAAAGAGGUGAGAAAGAGGGACGGAGAUGGAAAGAGAAAAGGGAAGGAAUAGUUUGCUAGACAGCAGAAUUAUUCCAAAAGAACACAUUAAGAGAGAACCAUAAAUAGGAAGGAACAUGCAAAGAGACCCAGAGACAGACACUUCCCUGUGCAGCAAACAGGGCAACAAGGACUGACCGAACAACAUGGCCACAGAGCCCACUGCCAGGUGUCAGAAGACGAGACCCAGUGGAUAUCACUCCUACACAGUGUACGUUGUCCACCUUCCAGUGCAGACUGAUUGGCACUCUCUGACAAUAAGACAAUGGAGGACACUGAAACAUGAAUUGUAAACACAUUACUUUGAAGCGUCUUGCUGCAGGUGAAUGAAGCAGACACCCCCCUGGGCUCACACGUCAGUUCAACGUCUACUUUUGAUUUACACUUGAUUUACAACUCAACCAAAACUGUGAUUUGGUUCAUAAUAACGUGAAUUUAAUGUGAAAUCAACGAGAAAAUGUCACCAGGUCAAUGGAUAUAGGUGAACAGUUGGGUGAAAACAAGACCAAAUGCCCCUAUGUUGAUUCAAUGUCAUCACAUAGAUUUCUGGGGUUGAAAUGAUGUGGAAACAAUGUUGAUUCAAACAGUUUUUGCAGAGUGGGACUGUUCUCUCUCAGUGACACUGAGGUCAUUCUGACUCUGACUCUGAAUGUCACGAGAAUAUCUGAUGAAGAGUGUCGAAAGGAAGCGGCAAUGAAGAUUUAAUAGCCUGCCCUCCAGCUGCCUCCCCAACACACACACACACACACACACAUACACACACACACAUACACACACACACACACACACACAAACACACAUACACACACACACACACAUUUACAGGUCGGUUUUAAUAAACCCACCCUGCAGGGGGACCAGUCCUUGGUAUUGUGGUCAGGGGGACAUUGAUUCCCAGUGUAUGUGAGUCGAGAGGGGGCGUAUAGUACCGCUCCUAACCUGUCUCACUGGGUCGUACAGUACUGCUCCUAACCUGUCUCACUGGGUCGUACAGUACUGCUCCUAACCUGUCUCACUGGGUCGUACAGUACCGCUCCUAACCUGUCUCACUGGGUCAUACAGUACCGCUCCUAACCUGUCUCACUGGGUCGUACAGUACUGCUUCUAACCUGUCUCACUGGGUCGUACAGUACUGCUCCUAACCUGUCUCACUGGGUCGUACAGUACUGCUCCUAACCUGUCUCACUGGGUCAUACAGUACCGCUCCUAACCUGUCUCAUUGGGUCAUACAGUACCGCUCCUAACCUGUCUCACUGGGUCGUACAGUACUGCUCCUAACCUGUCUCACUGGGUCGUACAGUACUGCUCCUAACCUGUCUCACUGGGUCGUACAGUACCGCUCCUAACCUGUCUCACUGGGUCAUACAGUACCGCUCCUAACCUGUCUCACUGGGUCGUACAGUACCGCUCCUAACCUGUCUCACUGGGUCGUACAGUACUGCUCCUAACCUGUCUCACUGGGUCGUAUAGUACCGCUCCUAACCUGUCUCACUGGGUCGUACAGUACUGCUCCUAACCUGUCUCACUGGGUCGUAUAGUACCGCUCCUAACCUGUCUCACUGGGUCGUAUAGUCCCCCUCCUAACCUGUCUCACUGGGUCACACAGUACUGCUCCUAACCUGUCUCACUGGGUCGUACAGUACCGCUCCUAACCUGUCUCACUGGGUCACACAGUACUGCUCCUAACCUGUCUCACUGGGUCGUACAGUACUGCUCCUAACCUGUCUCACUGGGUCGUACAGUACCGCUCCUGACCUGUCUCACUGGGUCGUAUAGUACCGCUCCUAACCUGUCUCACUGGGUCACACAGUACUGCUCCUAACCUGUCUCACUGGGUCGUACAGUACUGAAAUCACCCAAUUCUCUACCCUUCUCUCAACACAUUGCGUCAGCUCUGAAAUGACUGGCCAUUAAAAAGUACAUGGAGUGGAAGUGGAGGGAUGAAGUGAAGGAAUGGACGGAUGGAGGGAUGAAAUGGUGCCAUGUCAUUAGAGAGAAUGCCUGGCUGGCAGAAAUAGUGCUGACAUUCCAGUCCGGCCCAGUGAGGGUGAGUUAUAGUCCCUUGGUCCCAGUGAGACAGGUUAGGAGCAGUACUGUACGACCCAGUGAGACAGGUUAGGAGCAGUACUGUAUGACCCAGUGAGACAGGUUAGGAGCAGUACUGUACGACCCAGUGAGACAGGUUAGGAGCAGUACUGUAUGACCCAGUGAGACAGGUUAGGAGCAGUACUGUACGACCCAGUGAGACAGGUUAGGAGCAGUACUGUGUGACCCAGUGAGACAGUUUAGGAGCAGUACUGUAUGACCCAGUGAGACAUGUUAGG